CGCGAUCACGACGAUGUCCGCAGUGGUCACGUUACAGCGAGUAUAUGCAGUGACCGGUUGUGACUGGCGUCCUACCGUAAUUAUUGCAUUUUUGGCCGUUGCGGGAUUAGGGCUCGAUAUCGUCGACGGCUUCGUAAACGAUUCAACCGGGGUCACUGUUCUAGGAUCAACAGCAAUAUGCUACACAUUCCCACAGCAUUCGUUUGUAAACACCUUUUCAAAGUAAGCAACCCGCACUGUCGGCAGCUUAUAUUUCCUUCUCAACCGUCAACUACCAGGCUAGCAAUUACGGGCCUUGUGAAUUCUGUGGUCUACAAUGUCGUAGCGGUCGGUGUCAUCUGGAGAGUGCUAUUUAAUCAACUCAGCCCGAACUCCACUGGAGUGUUCUCACAGAGGCUAUCGUUUGUGACAUUGUUGUUGAGAGACGGUACAAUUCAGUUCGUAAUGCUAAUGGUACUGAACGU